AUGAAGUUUUACUGGAACAAAGUUGCAUUUUCUGCCAGAAAACAGUGCUGUGCGGUGGCCCAAGCGCAGCCGGAGGAGGCGGAGGACGCCCGCCCUGCACCGCAGCUCGCAUCUGCGGCCGCGCGAUCCACCUCCCGCGCCGCUUCUCCCGCGUGCGUCCCUCUGGCCGCGGAGCCGGCGGGAGGCCACAGCAGACCGAUGGCGGCGGCCCUGUCGGGCCUGGCGGUACGGCUGUCGCGCUCCGCCGCGACCGGCGGCUCGUACGGCGCCUUCUGCAAGGGGCUCACACGCACGCUGAUCAUCUUCUUCGACCUGGCCUGGAGGCUGCGCAUGAACUUCCCUUACUUCUAAGUUGUGGCUUCGGUGAUUCUCAAAGUGGGCCUGCAGGUACAUAUUUAG